AGAGCGAAAGUAGGUGACCUGUCCUCAGAGGCUAUUGGAACGAGUUCGCUAUAAUGGCUUUUACCAGUUUAAUUACUGCGAUUGUAUUAACGAGUUUGGGUGUGCUGAACGUGGAUGGCACAGCUAAAGGAGCUGUUCCCCUGGAUACGCUAACUUUCGACAAGGUCAUUGGAAAACACAAAGCAGUGCUGGUUAAAUUUGACAAGCAGUAUGCUUAUGGUGAAAAAGAAGAUGAGUUUAAAAAGUUUGCCGAGAAAGCUUCUUCUCAGCCUGAGUUGUUGGUAGCUGAAGUUGGAGUGUCAGAAUAUGGUGAAAAAGAGAAUGAUGACCUGCGGGAACGUUUUGAUAUUAGCAAAGAUGAUUUUCCUGUGUACAAGCUGUUCAAACAAAAUGAUGCCAGCCCAGUUGAUUUCAAAGGAGAAGUGAACGCUGAUGAACUUGCUAAGUUUGUGAAAACCAACUCACGGCUGUGGAUAG